UUUCACUUUGGGUAACACAAUCUCAGGUUUGUUAUACUCAAUCAUGUUGUUGACAGACUAUCGAUUGUGAAAAGUUCAAGUUGUGUUUUGAUCAUGUGAUUUAAAUUAUUAUAUAUACCAGGAUUUUUUUUUCUAUUCUAUUCUCUUGUACAAGACUAAAAUAAAAUAUGAAAGUAGUUUAUGGUAAAGAUGGUCUUUUACACAACCCUCCUAUAGAAGUAACAAGUGGUGAAAGUAAACCCUAUAUCGAAUCUCCCAAACGAUUAGAGUCAAUCAAACAAUUUAUGGAGACGCAUCCUGAAUUUGAAAUAGUCGAACCCAGCGAUUACUCACUCGGUCCUAUUCUAGAUGUUCAUGAAAAAGAUUAUAUCAAGUUCUUGGCAACCAUCUAUCAAGAAUGGAUAGCUGAAGGUCUUCCUCCAAACGCUUGUAUUGGUGAUACAUUUGCUACUCAUUCAUUUAUCGGUAAACUUGACCCUCAAAUCGCCAAGAAAAAUGCAUUUCAAUCACCUCAAGGUAAAAUGGGGUAUUUCAUAGGUGAUAUGUCUGUGGGAUUUGUCCAAGAUACGUGGCGGGCCACUUAUGCUUCUGCUCAAGUUGUACUUUCUGCUGCCCACCAAUUAAUGGAGAUGACGACACAUGGUGAGGGCGAACAGGCCAUUUAUGCUUUAUGCAGACCUCCCGGCCACCAUGCUUCUCAUCAAAUGUCCGCUGGUUAUUGUCUUGUCAAUAAUGCAGCUGUGGCUGCUCGGUUUCUACAAAACUAUACCUUGCAAGAUAUGAACAAGGUAAAGAAGCCUUAUUGCUUUGAUUCAGUCCGUCAAGAUGCUGGAUUUACGCCUUUGGGUCAAAGCAAGAAAAUCUUGAUUGUCGAUAUCGACUUUCACCAUGGCAAUGGUACACAAGAUAUUUUCUAUGAAGAUCCUACUGUCUUUUAUGUCUCUCUUCAUGGUUAUCCCAACUACCCUUUUGUUUCUGGUUCAGAGGAAGAAGAAGGUACAGGUGCUGGCCUUGGCUAUAAUAUCAAUGUGCCUUUGGAUCCAAACACAACGACAGAUAAAAUUUAUCUUUAUCAUCUUGACCAUGUGCUCAAUGGCACUAAAGUAGUUCAGUUCAAAGCGGACAUUGUUAUUGUGUCUAUGGGUCUAGAUACCUGGCAUGAAGAUCCUAUUGCUGGUAUGAAGGGGCUUCAAGACAUGGACGCGUAUAAAAAGAUGGGCCAAUGCAUCAAGACAUCUCAAGGAACUAGACAACGACCUGUCUUGUUUGUGCAAGAAGGUGGUUAUACGAUAGACAAAUUAGGUGAUUUAGCUGGUCGUGUACUACAAGGCUAUUCUGAACCUUGUUAGAAUAAACAAAUCUUGUUUAAUUUUCUAAA